GGAUCAAGGUAAUCAGAAAACCUGGUACAUCGCCUGUCAUCUAUUUAAUGUACAUGAUCCUUGACAAACUUAAAUGAAACCAAACUAGUCUAAAAUGUGUCAGUAAUUGGUUCAUAACGAAGGGACAUAACGGUCCACUGCACUGUUUUCUACCUGCCAAAAAAACAGAGUGAUGAAGAAGAAGCAGCUGCUGCUUGAAGGCUAGUUGUAGCAGCCCUUCAAAAAAUGGUUAGGCCUUUUUAAAAUGUAUGCUCCGGUAUUUAUUGUGAAUAAAAAAUCAAUAUACACCUCUUCAGGAUACUAUCAGUUAGAUAGUUAGAUAUCAGUUUUAUUUUCUAACCAGGGGUGUACAAUAUUACAAUUUUGCUGAUAUCCAAUAUGUCGAUAUUUCUUACCGCAUUUCGGCCAGCACUAAUAUCUGUAUAAAUAAAGCACUAAUAAAGUAUAAUUUGACAGUACAGGACUAAAAUAUGAGGGGACCUACUUGCUGUCCUGAGACUGUCAGACAACAGGGAGCGUGGUCAUCCUGCUGCGCUAGGUAGGACAACUAGACAUUUAUGAAUCGGCUAACAGACAGCUUCAUGUGACUCCUCUGAGGAAGACCGUAGGAAUUUUGCAGUUGAAACAAGGAAAAGAAGGAAACACACUUGAUAGAAUAAAUAUGAAUGCAUUGUCCUGUCAGACCAAAUGAACCUUUUUGGGCUAGAAUUUAAACCAGUUUAUUUUAUUCUUUGGGAAGAAACCUUGAAAUCAAACAAGAGCACUAACUGAAUUUAUACACUGAAUAGUUGUGAGAGCUCCACAGAAUCAGUGCUAAAUAAAUAUUCAGCAUGUCUGAGACCAUAAAACUUUUUUUUUUCUCUCUCUCAUGGAUUAGAGCGUCAUCUUGCCCGAUCUUGUUGAAGAAAAGCAGAGCAUAGCUGCAAGCUUCUGCCGCCACCUCACUGAUUGUGUCAAGGGGUUGCCACAGCCUGCGAGCCAAAGGUUACUGCUAGCGUGGAGCCGCCAUGGUCCACCCUGUGGUAAAGGUAAGCUAAGGUUUACACUAGCAAACUUUCAAUGUUGAUUAUUUGAAAUACAUUUCUCCCCUCUCUAAGUUAAUGAAAUGUUUUUGUUGUGGAGCAGAGGGUCAUCUUGUCCGAUCUUGUUGAGGAAGUGGAGAGCAUACUGUAGUAGCAAGCUUCUGCAGCCGUCUCUGAUAGCGUGUGUCAAGGAUGCCUGAGGUUGCUACUAGCGUGGUAAGCAAAGGUUUACACUAGCAGGUUUUUCAUUCAAUGUUGACUGUUUUAAAUACAUUUUUUCCACAUCUAAGUUAAUGAAAUGUCUUUGCUGUGGAGCCGAAUGUCCUCUGGUCUGAACUUGUUGGAGAAAAAGCAGAGCAAAGCAGCAAGCCACAGUCACACUCCAGCUGACCUCUGUCACUACCUCACAUUACAUUAUAUGGUCUGGUGUAAAUGGGGCCAAUGCUCGUAUUACAGCAGCUAUUUUUCAAGGUGCAUAACCUUGAGUGGGUUUGGCUGGUGAGUGAGUGGGUGUAGGAUGAAUUAAAGCAAGCUGAGCAGUCGAGGAGCUGCAGUCCACCCAGAGUGGGAGGCUGGUUUAUCUGAAACAGUGUGUUCAGCUUUAGACUGUGGAGGGUCUGAGCAGUCUCUUUGUUUCAGCUCAGUGGUUUUACUUACUUGCUUACUAAUGCGCUCAUGUGCAUGUGGGCACCUGUCUGGUGUCUGGCAGAGAGAGAGAGAAAAAAAACACACAAAACGAUAAAGUUUUUCAUCUUUUUCAGUUAAAAAAAAAUCAAUUAACAGCCAAGUGAUGGCACAGAAAUAAAUUAAAAGGCCACAACUUCCAUUUUACAUUGUUAUAGCAUACCUUAAGAUACUAAGGGCCCAAUCUACUGAAGCUUUGCGUGUAUAAAAACUUCAGGGCUGAUUUCUGCCAGUCCCCCUCUGGUUUUAGUGGUUUUAUUAGGAAAAAUGGUUUCCUUUGUUCUGCGGAUAUCACGCCAUCUUCUUUUUAUUACAUUGGUAGAUCAUCUGGUUUUGCUCACAGAAUACACUUUUUCACAGAUAGCGUCCCAAAUCAGGUUUCUUGUGACAACACUAUGAUGUCUCUGCUGGAGUUUACCAGACUGUUUAUUUGCCUUCUUCACCAAGACCUCCAACUCCAUGGCUUCAAACUUCAUUUUUCAUUUACGGCCACUCUUCUCUCCUAAACUCUCCAUAAUGACGGCCGGUUGCACGCUCAAAAUCCUCAUUUAAAUAGGAUGGUCUGCACCACUUUUAGGCCUGUUAUCAGUUGUGUAUCAUAUGCAAUCAUAGUAGAUCGUCCGCAGCACGCUGCUGCCAGCAGAUGGUGUAUGUUGACUUUUCUCAUGUCAGGUUAAUGGAACUUUUUACUACAAAUAAUGAUAGCUAACUAUCUUUGCUAGCAUCCUUGUAAUGUGAGUAUCAAGUGGGAAAUGAAGCUGAUGUGGAGCUGCUAAAAACUGCAGUUCUUUGAGUGCCCACUAGAGGCUGGCUACAGAGGCACUCAAAGCCAGAUACACACACCAGAUAUGUGCAGAAUCAUAUCCCAUUUAAAAUGUGAAAAGACCCGAUGAACCCAUCUAAAGAAAUAAUAUGGCUGCAAGUACAUCUUCCUUAUAUCAAACCUUUAAUUACUGGCUGCUGUUAUAGACCUCUGAUUUCUACUGCACAGUACACUGAUGACAUUUGUGCCACUCUUAUGAGUCAGUGUUGCUGCCAAUGAGCUUGUUUGCUUUUGGAUGUCAUGUAAAGAUGUCAAUAUGAAAUUUAGUCUAUUUCAUAAACAUAAAAAAACUCCUCAUUAGAGCUUUAUGUUGGUGGUUGUGUAAUAAAUGGGCACAUGUUCUAUAUGUACUAAAAAGGGUUUAUAAAGAAUCAAACAGCAAAUAUUCACAGUAAAUGAUACUUUUGAUCUUUAAAGGGAGUUUUAAAAUUUACCUUUCACAAGACAUGAUCAUUGAAGAGAAACACACACACAUGCACACACCUCAGAAAACAACAACCGUAUGAUUGCUGGCAGCUUAUCAGUAUUUUAAAGGAAACACUUCCCCCUGGUGGUCAAUGAUUGGUAUUAUAACAGAGAGGGGAAUUAUACGAAUUGUUUCCAGCAAUUUAUCCAAGUUACAUCCUCUAAAGCUGAUUUUAAUUUUAGGUAUUCUGUUGAUGUUGCACAAACCCUGCUGACUGCUGCAAAUCAAGCAUACAAAAUGUCCCCUUACAUGCAAAAUAAUUAUGAUGAACAUUCAUCUACUUAACAUCAUCAAUUCAAUGUCAUGUUUGUCAACACCUCACAAAGCAUUUUUAUCACACAACUUAGGCAAAUUUCACAAAUCAAGUUAUAAACAGACACCUUCAAAGUGAUGGCUGAGACAGUCACACUAAACUGUUGCUUAUAUGGAUCAUCCUGCAUGACCAUCAGGUAAAGCAUCAUUUCCAUCUGUAAAUAUGCUUUAAAUAUGAGUUAUGUAACUCAUGACUUAUUGGAGAUCUAUGGACUCAAGCUGAUAAUUGGCCAAAUCUAUGUAAAAGUGUGUAUGUCCAUGACUUUUCAACAACAGAUGCAAAUGAUGGACAAAGUGUACAUACUCUAUUAACUCUUCAUUACCUUGUCAUUGGUCCUUCCUGUGGCAAAUUUGUAUGAAGUGCAUAAACUUUUUAAAAUUUCAAUUGAUGCAACAUCCAUUUUAUAACCAAAAAUUUCUAUUUUGUUGUUAUAUCUUGAACUUUGAGUGACUAAACCAGUAAAGCACUCUGCAGAUAAAUCAAUAGUCAUUAGCUUCAACCCCACAGGGAGACGUGACAAUGUGAGGGAGUAAUAUCACUGCACAACACAAAUUCUUCUCAAUAUACAGGCUUUGCUUUGGGAUUUCCACAUUACACUAGAGGAAAUGAACGAAACCAAGAGCAAUAAAAUGCCUAUUAACGGGAACUCCUCUGAGACUGACACAAUAUUGGAGCAAUAAACAAAAAAAGGAUGUAGAUGUAGUCUCUGUAGUCUCUGCAUUGUGGCAUGUCAGACUUUACCUACAUCAGUGCAUAAAACGUCACCACAAGCAUAUAUUUAACUUUAGGACCCACUCCAAUCGAAAUCCUGUUUUUCUUGUUUCUAGAGAGGACGGUCGCAGAUAAAAGCGUGUGCAGUAGCGGAUUGCAAUACAAUAUGAUGACUUUUUAUGAAUCCUUAAAUGUGUAAUCCCCCUGCCAAUAUAAAACUUGCAGACAAAUACAAAGCAUUAUAAGUCAUCUGAGGAACAAUUUCAGUUUGUCUAGCUUAAAUGUACAUCCUGUGUUGUUCCUCAUAAUUUCAAAGCCACACAGUCUACCACAGCUCCAGUUCCUGUAUUUGCUGGCAUGACAAACCUGCAUGACCUUUUUUUUGUGGUUUUACUUGACUUUGUAAACACAGAGUUCACUUUCAACCAAACUUGUCAGCUUUUCUUACAGCUACCUGUUUGAACAAUCUCCUUGAAGAUUUUAAUAAGUGUUGCACCUAUUUGUCAUGUACACUCAUGUGUUUUAGUAGUGUCCGGGUUUAAGACAAACAAGAACAUCUUUAACCUAAAGUGCUUAAUGAGAAGAUAAGAAUUUGUUUUCUACUGUAUUUGUGUUGGUGCUCCCUAUGGUCAAAAUGCUACCUCUAACACUUUCUCAAAUUGCUAUCCUAUACUGUGAUUUCAGACACAACCUCAUUAUGCUUUCAUUUUACAGUGAACUAUUUCAUUCACUGUGAAUUUUUCAAAGAGAAAAGUUACAAUUAGAAGGUAGAUUUAUUUUUUAUUUAAAAAUGGUUUGGAUUGUGCCAAAAAAGCACCUUUGCAGUCACAUUUUUGUUUCUAGAGUGACAUUGAUAAUCUCAGUGGCAGACACCCUCCUCCUGUCUUUGAGUCGGGUGAUAUAGCUCUGGUCCUGAUGCUGCUGUUACUGGGAUUGAAUAUGGGGGGUGAUCAGUGCCUCAAUGUGGUAUGAAGUGAGCCUGACAAGUAUAUAAAAAAGACAUGACUCUGAGCAAAACAUGAGGGAAACAGGAUCAAAGACAAACUGGAAACUCACCAGACAGGAUCACAGGGAACAGAAACACCAGGGAAAAUACAACUUAAUGACAAAACCCGGAAAUGGCAAUGACAUGGUCUUUCCCUUGUAGCAGGUGAAACAAUAUGCAAAUAAUGCAAAUCUGUCAAUUGUAACACAGUUUAGUGUCACCAUUACUGAACAAAACCAACUGUAGGGUUGGGGUUAGGGUUAAGGUUAAGGUUAAGCUAAGGGUUGGGGCUAGGGUUAGGGUAAGGGUUAGGAUGAGGGUUAGGGUUUGGAGAUUCAGAAGUGCGAUAAUGUUCUGUAAUGUUCUGUUUGAUGUACAGAGCCACCAGCCCGUGUUUGGCUCGUGCGUGUGACGACGUUUCCAGCUUUUCUAGCCAAUCAGAGGCCAAGGAGGCGGGACUUUCCCCUACCAUCCUCCAAAAAAAAAAAACAUCGCACCCUGGGGUGUCUUUGAUAAAUCGCUCUGUCUGUUAUACAUUUAUUGUCCAUUUGAUGGCACAAUAGAGCAAAUGAAGCACAACAAUGAAGCUUUGUCCCAGGAGUCGAGCAAUUGGAUGGAAAGCUUCAGUGCUUCAAGAGGCUUUAUCUCACCAUCACUACAGGCUAUGUCCUGCACCUUUAAGAGCGCCUCCCCCGGCUUUGUGGCACUGAACACCCCUCAUACAGAAACAGCGUCGUCGCUGCUGAUGUGGUAAUUCCCCUUUUUCUGCCAUUUAAAAGCUCCGCUCUGAGAGUGAUGUGAGCACGGUGCUGUGCGGACCUAAAUAAGAGGGUGUGUGUUAAAUAAUGUAGUUUUGAGCAAAGCAGCGGAUAGUCAAAGAGGGGAGGUGCUGCAUGUUUUUAGAUGGGAAAUCUGCUGGGCAGCUGGCGUUUCAAGGAGCCGAGCACCGUUGAGGAAUGCGACUCGACAUGGGGGUCGGACUCCGAGAGCGAUGAGCCGGCGACUGAAGAUGAUAGCGGCAUCUCCGACUCCGUCAGCCGGGCGGAGAGCGAGCGGGCCGGCGGGGACUCGUCUCCGCAGGUACAGUGUCUGUUUCCCGGUAUGCAUGUGAAAAGGAAACGGGGGGAGUGUGGUACAUGGUGCUGUCAGUAGAGGCCAGGUUGGCCUUGAUAAGACUGUGACCAGGACGAGGAAAGGGCAACCGAGCAGCCCCGACCACGCUGCUGUCUGUCGAGUAUCCUUCCUCAGGCUACACCAAACUCCAUUCACAAAGUCAUUAUCGUGUUUCCUCGUUGUUAUGAUACACAUCUCACAUUAUGUGGACUUAAAUCAGUUUUACAGCCGUAGUGUGACAUUUCAUCCACCAAGAAGCAUCUCACUGGAGUUCAGUGAUGAGUGAAAGGAAGCAAAAUACAGUAUUAUAAUUGUCUGGGGUAACACUUUACAGUAACCAUAAUUUAUAAAUAGUACAUAGAUGGUAUUAAAAUGACUGUUUAAUCAUCAUUCAAAAACAGCAUAUAGAUCAAUUAUAAAUGGCAAAUAAAUAGUUUAUGAAUGUAAGUUAAUAGUUACUUUGCCAUUGACAAGCAAUGAAAUUAUGAUUAAUAAUUUCAUUGAUUAUUCAUGGACUAUUUAUUAAAGGUUUAUAUAGGGUUUAAAUAUUGGUUGUCAAACAUCUAGAUUAAAAUGUGUUUCAGUAGCACUUUGUAGAUGGUUAAUAUUUGUUUUUUAAACCAUCUAUAAACAUUACUUAGAUGGUUAUUGUAGAGUUGCAACUGAUGUUUGUAAUAGUUUAUAAAUGAUUAAUAAGUGGUUUAUAAACCACCUAUAAACAUUACUUAGAUGGUUAUUGUCAAGUUAGGGUUAGGUUUUAAAAUUGUAAAAUGUACAAUUUAUUAAUGGUCUACAUGCUUUUUAUAAAAUGAUGAUUAAACAUUAAUAAACUACCAUUCAUAAACUGUCUAUUUACCAUUUAUAAGUUAUAGUUCCUUUAAAGUGUUAUCGCAUAAUCUAAUAAAUUUUGCAGAGUUGCAUGACAAUGUGAAUAUUAUUUUGCAAGUUUAUUUUGUAAGAUUUUGGACUCCCUGAAACCGAACCAAUGAGAUAAAUGGGAUUGAUUUAUGACAAAAAUAGUUUCAUCAGAGAAGAUAGAGAGCAAGGGGAUUCUGUGUGUGUAAAUGAAGCAGAGGGACAGAUUGAGCACAGCUAACAAAGCUGAUAAAAGUGAAGCUUAUUUUUUAACCCUAAAAGUAAAAGUCCUGUGUGUUACUGUAUCCUCAAAAUUGAAUCAGAAUUCUUAAAAAAGUUAGGUUUUGAUGAUACAGUAUAUUUUUUUUGUUUGUAAAAUUUUUGAGGUAAAAAAAUGACAAGGUAUAUUCUUUGUCUUGGUCUGGCCCUGGUUGUAUGUGAGGCAUAUGGUCUAAAAUAAGUUUUUUAAAUAAACAGUACACAAGAAAAAGUUGUCCCAGAAAAUAAUGCAAAAUGUAAAUUAAUAAUUAUAAUGUCAUUAUUGAUCAGAAUAAAUAUGACUGUUUACUCUGGGUAUAAUUGUGAAGCCCAUGUGCUUAUAUGGCUUUGCAGAAACUACACACAUAAUUUUGUUUGGUAAUUAAUCAUUCCCAUGUUGACUUUCUAAUUAAAGUUGUAUCGUCUGCUGCUUUAUGAAGGACAUAAAAUAUUUCAUUAGACGUCAGCCUCGUAAUGAUAAUUAAUCCCUGUGUUAUUAGACAACUUCACACUGUGUCAGAGUAUUAGGAACAGCAGGUUAUAAUGGGACUGUUAGAGGAACUGGAUUUCACAGUUACACCCUUUGUUAGAUCGCUGGUUUGAAGCAAAAGAGAUGGAUGUUUUACUAAAUUAAAUAACUGUAAUAAUGGAUUAAAAAACAGACAUGCCAUUCCUGUCGAGGUUUCUUUGUGAACUUGGGAUGCAGAUUGAUGUUUUUAGUGGAACAUUAAAGGAACAUUGCACGUAUUUUGUUGAGGUUUCGGAUAAUUUGGUGUGGUUAAAGAGGAGUUUCAAUAAUAUGUCAACUGGGGCUCUUUCUUUGAAGUGUUUUGGAAUCAUAAAGGUCAUAUGAAGGCUUUAAAAGUGUCUUUGGGCUACUUUAGAUAUGUCUCUGGGAGAUAUUUGUUUUUGCUAUUGACAUGCUGAAAUUGUGAUUAAAAAUGUCCAAAGGUGGGAUCUUUAUAGGAAAAAAAAAGACUAUUUGUUUCAAGCAAGUGUUGUAAUAAUGUUAAAGUUUUACCUCACAAUUACUUAGGCCAUAAAAAAUUCCAUAACCCUAUUAAUAUUUACCUUUUGACUGUUAAAAAACCAACAGCUCUUUUCCAAGUGGAACCAGCUACCAGGCUCUGUAAUCAAAAUCCCAAGUUUGAGAACAGGAUGUCGGUUGUCUACACCUGUAACAAUCAGUUUACUAUAAUUGUGAGCCACUCAACAAUUGUGCUCAAUCAGAACAAAACACUGAAGUCUCUCCAAAACACCACAAAAAACGGAGGGAUGCACAAUAUCAGUAGAAUGAUAUCUAUAUGGGUUUAGGCAGAUGUAGCUGACAGUUAAAAGGUGAUGCGCCAAUAUGGUCACAUAGCUUACACAUGUUGGCUGCAUCAAAGUUACUUUAAGUGUUGGAAAUGAGAGCAGAUGCAUAACAGAAUGUAUUAAACAUGACCUUUAUCAUCUGUGGUUGAAUCAAACACUAUUGAUUGUCUGGUUCUUAAACAAAUAGACUGUCAUCAGAGUACCAGGUAAAACUUUGCACCCUCAACGAUGGAAAAAAAGGUGCACAUAUCAAUAUUUAUCAGUCUCAGCCAAAAUAUUUGAAAUACUUAAAUAUGUCAAUUAAAGCCCAAAUAGUUGAAUUCCAAUUAAGCAGAAGCAUAGAUACAAAUGUAACACACUCAGUGCUAAAUAAGCCCCCCUGACUGUUGGAAGUUAACCUGACCCAGAUUUUAUUUGAGAUCCAGCUUCUUUUGUCCUUUUGUUGAGAUUGCUCGGGAGCACUGAUGUGAAUUGUCCUCCUUUGCUGCAGAAAAAGGGAUGAUGACAGCCCUUGACCUUAAAGCCCAGUCAGUGCUUUUCAUUCAGCUGAAUAGCAGAUUAGUGCUCCUCUGCAUCUGUUGAAACACAGGAUGGUGUUGUUUGAGAUCUGUAUUUAAACCAAGUGUUUUUUUUCUCCUUUUUUCUCUUUCUGUCCUCCUCCAUUUUCUGUCUUUUUUCUGUCUGUCUGUCUUUCUUUCUCUCUUCGGUCCUCUCAGCUGACUGAGUCCCCGGAGUCUGUUCCAAAGAUGAAGAGGAGUUUCUACGCUGCCAGGGACCUCUACAAAUACCGUCAUUGCUACCCGGUACACACACACACACAUUAGCAAUGAACAUUUCCUUUCUAAUUGAUAUAAACACUCAGAUCGAUCUUGUUAAUCUGUGUCUGUCUUUUUGCAGAACUACAGGAAGUCUCGGCAACCUAAUGAAUAUCGAAACCUACGCUUCUACCUGAACAAGAUCCCUCUGGUCCCUGAUGGUGAGAUCAGACACAUGCACUGCACUAAUCAAAACUAUUUUAGUCAAUUAAUUGAUACUAAUUUUUUUUUUUUUAAUUAAACCAUCUAUAGUCUUAAAAACCUACAAGAACGUUUUUUUUUUUUUUUUUUUUUGUAAAAAUUUAUUUUGCAUCCAUGUUUCCCUCCUUUGCACAAAGUGGAGCAGUAAUCAUUCUUUGCAUAUGUGUGAGGGUUGUCAUGCUACUGGAAUUUUAAACCUCAGUAUGAUACUAGUCAGGACUGCACAGUAAACUGCAAAAUCAAAAAGUAAAGAAGUAUCAAAUAUUUGAAUUCUCCUGUCAGAUUGGGAGUUGGUUGCGUUUUAUCAGUUAAAUGCAUUUUUGGUGUGGAAAACCUAGUAAAAAGUUCAGUAACAUCUAAAUCAUCAAGUCUCUGCAAUGAUGGCCUUGUUUGCAAAGUUUGGUAAUAAAGGUGUUCAGUUAUUAAUUUUAAAGUCAGAAGUGAUGCCUUUGUUAAAGACAAAUGCAACAUAACUGAAUUCAAGAGGCAUGUACCACAUGAAAACAUUAAUGUUUGCCAUUAACAUUAAUUAAUGAUCAUAAUAUUAGAAGAUAUUUUCUGUGGAUUGAUUGUUUCAUUAAGUCAGUGUUUCAGCUGUAACACACUCAGACAGUAUCCACAUGGAUCUCCUGCCGCUGUGCAGUGAGGGACUGUUAGCUCUGGGCUCAGUGAGUUUUGUUUGGCCGGAGGUCAUGUUUGACUGGGAGAGACUGGCAGCUUAGUGAACUGAUUCAAUGUUUAAACACACACACACACACACACACACACACACACACACACACACACACACACACACACACACUGGGGAAGUGUGUGUGGCAGCUAAUUAUCCCCAUCUCUCCUCAGGUAUCUACAUAGAGGAGAUUCUGACAAAGUGGAGAGGAGACUAUGACAAACUGGAGCACAAUCACACCUACAUUCAGUGGUGAGACUUCUCUUCUGUCUGUUUGCAGUCACCUUUUUAUAGCUCUGACUCCUGAUAAUUGACUUCACUAUUAAUUGCAUUAUAUAAGCUGCCUGAAAAACUGUUUUGUGGUAUUCCAUUUUCAGACAUGUGAGAACAAUUUUCAUAGGAAGUUAGGGGGGAAAGUAAUAUAGCUUUCUUUUAUUUCUUUAUUUUACCAGGGGCUUAAUAUUGUGUUAAGAAUUAUGGCAUCCCUCUCAUUUUCCCAGUUUAUGUCUAAGAGAUUGCCACAUCAAAGAGUUACUUUUAUUUUGAAAGGACAUCAAAGGUACUUCCACUGGAUUAUGCAGAUAUAGACUUAAAUGUAAAAAGCUUGAAGACUAAUCAAUGGUAAAAAAAAAAAUGUAGGCUAAAAUUAAAAGAGGGGUCUAUAAAGGACUGUCAACUUGAGCCUGUGUAACUGAGCUAAAGUGUUGCUAAUGUUUUUACUAUAACUUUUUUAAAACUUAAGCAAAACUGUAUUUCAUUUAUUGAAAAAAAAAGUUUUUGUUUAGUCACUUUUAUAAACCUGCCUUGAAUUGAUCUUUAAUUUCUUCUCUGCCCACCAGGCUGUUCCCAUUGAGAGAACAAGGGCUCAACUUCUACGCACAUGAACUGACUCAGGACGAGAUCAAAGUAAGACAAACUUAUAAACCAACUGGCACAAUCCCAGCACCACGUUUACAAGCUAUCUGAAGUUUUCAGAUGCGUCUGUUUAGAUAAUGUCCCCUUUUAUCCAUGUAAAUUUCCCCAUUUAAAAUAACCACCUACUGUACUAUGACACUUGAGACAGGCGAAGUAUCAUCUUCAGAGAGAUUGUUAAGCAAGUUUGAUCCCAACAGAGAGACAUUUCCCAGUUAGAGAUGAAACAGCACCAAUGUACCCACCUGCCUCAAAACUCAAAUGCCCCUACAUGUGAAAUUUUGUGUCUAACUCUUGGCCUCAAUGCUAUCAAAACAGAUAAGGAUACAGUACAUCAGAAAAAAUAAUGAAAUGAGCAACUAAGACCUGAACCAGAUUUUGUGACAGGCUGUAAACAUGUUAGUUUCUGCUUUGAACUUUGGGUUAAAGGGAUAUUCCAGCAUAAAAUUAAGUAAGGGUCAAACACACUGUAACAACGAGUUACAGGCAAUUUCCACUGCAUCUGGAAUGGAACGAUAAGGCCAUAUCCGCCGAUCGUAGCUGAUCAUAACCAUUCAAGUUAAUGUGUCAGUUUCCACUGGCCUCUUUCCGUUCCGCUGCGGAUUACUGGACUCUGCAGCUGAUCUCAAGCCUGAGAGACCAAACGCAACUUACCCACUCUCCUCCAGCCGCCGCUUGUUUGUGGGGGGAGCCCUGACGAGUCGAUCACCGAGUGCAGCGGAUCAUUUCCAUGAAUUAAUAAUCAUCAUAUUAAUCAUUUUGCACUGCUGACACGGUAGUUCUUCUGCCUUAGCUUCUCAGUCCGAUUAUAUUUCCAUGAAGUAAUAGUCAUAUAUGUUCUUCAUUGAACAACUCCGCUGCACUCGGUUUGCUGGCUGAUCUUUCAAUUUCAGAUUUUUAUUAAAAACAUACUAUAUUUAAAUAGCAAGGUCCCUGGAAUAAAAGGAAUACUGUUGUGCUCUCAGUGAAUGAAAACAAGUGUUGGGCAAGAGUCAAAUGCAUUUACGUAUAGCUCCUAUAUGUACCUGCUACCCAGUUUGUGUUAGUGCCAAGCAGAAAGGUGGUUUGGUACCUGUGUGCUGUCUCUGAUCCAUUGUGUGUAACCCUGUCAGGAAUUCCAAAGCACCCGGGAAGCCAAGCGCAGAUUUCUGGCAGCGUACUCCAUCAUGUUGGACUUCUAUGGGAUCAAACUGCUGGAUAAGAGCGGGAAUGUAGCUCGGGCUUCCAACUGGCAGGAGCGCUUCCAGCACCUUAAUGAGUGAGCACACACACACACAUAAACAGACACGCACAGACACACACAUUGUGCAGCAGCUUAGGGGCAUAAAGCUGGAGCCAGAAUUUGUGUGAACACAGUUAGGUUGCCAAUUGCUGCUUUUGUGUCCGUUAGUAAGACCAUUAUACUAAAUGCGAUGCAACUUAAUAGUUCUUCUAUCAGCAUCCAAAUGUGAAACAACAUGUGCACAGAAACAAACAGAUGGCUAAAAGCUAAUUUAGUGGCUGUUUUCUUCCCAAAGAACCUCCUGAAAGUCACAUGUCGGGAUGUUUUUCUCCUACCCAUCACGGUUGCUGUGCUCCUUCAUGCACAGCCUCAGCAUCUGAUGCUAAUGUAACCACAAUCCAAACAAUAUGGAGAGAAAAAUGAUCGCAAAGCUCUAGAGUUCAAUUUGAUAUGAUAACCUAGUUUUCUUGUAAAUAUUCACAUCACAUUUUGCAACUGAUGCACUGAGGUUUGAUUCCUUCUGGGGCUUCGUGACAAUCAGAAAUAGUGUAACAAUUUCAUUUAGUAGGAAACCACAGGAACUAAAUUGUGCAUGUUAUUAGUUCAGGGCAGGCUAUCACUUUAGCCCUGGUUUAGACCAAACAGCAGGAUCACAAAGGUGGCUCUCAGUAUGCUGUAUUCAGACUCUGGUGUGGAUUGUUUGUAGUGAGAGCAUGAACCAACCUUGAGCCGAUUGUAGGUUCAAAACCAUGAACACACCUGAAGGGUCACCAGGAAACACUUCCAAUAUACAACCGUGCAAAUGUUUUGUUUUUGCUCAUCAGGCUGCUGUCUUUAAAAAUAUUACAACGAUAAUAAACAUGCAGUGUUUCCCGCAGAGAGACUCGAUCCACUUAUCAGUCUCAAGUUCAUUAAUUGCCAGUGCACCCUUAGUAUGUCCCUCUCCUAAACCAAUGGGUUGUUUUUAGAUGUAUCCUGUUCCAUGAAAUCUUCGGCAUAGGGAUGGGAAUUGAUAAGAUUAUAUCGAUAUCGAUGCCAAAAAAAAAGUAGACUAUAGGUUUUCACCGUGAACUCAAAAUUUUAUUGAGUCUCUGAUAACAGAAAAAGAUGUAUGCCACCUUCAGUGAGAGUCUAAAAAAAAUCAAUUGACACUUUUUGUACAGCAUUUCUGGCAUGCAUUGUGCUUAUGUCACCACAGGACAUACAUUAGAGUGACCAUAUUCUGAAUCCCCAAAAAGAGGACACGGCUACUUGUAGAUGUAUAAGUAGAUGACUCAGUAAAUCACUGAAAUAAUGGAUAGGGGAAUUAAAUUAAGCGAUAGGUAAGGGAAGUAUGUAGAAUAAACAACCUUUUCACCUCCUGCUUUUCCUGUUAAGGUCCCAGCACAACUACCUGCGGAUCACUCGCAUCCUGAAGUCCCUUGGCGAGCUUGGCUACGAGGCCUUCAAAGCCCCGCUGGUCCGUCUGUUUCUAGAGGAGUCGCUGUACCACAACACGCUUCCCAACAUGCAACACAGCGUCCUGGAAUACUUUGUCUACACCAUCCGCCUGCCAGCCACCCGGAGGCGGCUACUCCGCUAUGCCCGCCAGCACUAUAGGCCCGCCCACGCUUUUCUCUGGGGCCCACCCCCUAAACGGCGGGGUGGGGGUGGUGUUGGAGGGAGCGUGGGUGCUGGAAGUAGUGGAAUCAGAGCACCUGCUCCGACACCGGAGCCACAGAGGAGGGGAGAGGAGAGCAGCCCGACUGCAAGUAGCGGGAUUAUUGUGUCUUCCCAUGAUGCCAUGAUGUGCCAGGAGAUGGUGGGAGCUGGGCUGAAGGGCUCUGCGGGCUGUAUGAGCGGGCUGGAAGGAGCGCUAAUGAUGGCGGGGGCAAGAGGAGAGAUAAGUGACUACAGUGAGAUUGUUCCUUUGUAGAGCCUGAUUGUUACCAGAAAACAAAACAGCUGUUUUUAAAUCAGCUUGCUAGAUUGUAAAGAAAUCUUUGUUCAUUUCAGAGCUUUUUAAAGCUUCUGGAUCACCCUGUAGGUACAAAAACUUAGAGUCUAGACAGAACAAGUACAACGCAUUCAUAGAGCAAACUCGAGUGUCAUUAGAAACAAUCCAGGUUAAGGGCUUUUCAUAAAAACAAUCAAGUGUUUCUUUCUCUGAUCAAUCCGCUCAGUAGUUUUGAACAAAGGAAAACAAACUCGCCUUGGUUUAGAUAAUAAAACCAUGUAAAUCACAAGAGACCCGAGGCUUUUUCAGAUCAGGGCUAAAUGUGAUCACAACACAACUUAGAAGACUGCCUUAUUUCAUUCGUUUAAACUGGGACUUUGAGAUUGAAAGAGUUGCUGUGUCAGUUUGGAGACAGUUUUGAGAUUCAAAGUCCAGCGUCAUCAUCAAGCAUUUCAGAAAAAGCCGAGUUGACUUUGUACAGACAUUGUAGAGUGAAAUAAUAAUGUGAAGAAAAUCAGGAGAAAUUAUUUAUCCUUUCUUUUCUUUUGAAUUUUCUGAACACAGAUAUAAGCGUGUGUUAGGGACAGGAGUGGGCUAAUUUAUCAUAGCAAUACUCUGAUGACAUUUAUUAAACUUGAAAUCCUCUCUUUGUUGCUAAUCAUUUCAGGAGUAACUCAAUAUUUAUCUGCAGUUUUCUUAUACAAAAGCUGAAAGUAGCUACUCCAAGAUAAAUUGUACAUAAUUAUAGAGCAAAACAAAAAAAUGACUUGUUAUAAGAUAUCUUCAAAUCAAAGAUAAGAAAUCACCAUAUUUCCACUGGGUCCAUUUUCCUGUGAUAUCAAGCUCAGAAGUGGAAGCUUGUGUGCUGUUAUCAAAAAGACAAUGGCAUGUUACUUUGCUGUGAGUCAUUUAAAUAUUGAAAAAGUGACAAAUCCUCAUAUUAAGACUUCCAACAAAGAGUUUUAGACUGAACAGGACUUUGGGCUGUAUUUCAGAGUAGCUAACAUUAACAUUUUAUAGUGUUUCACAGAUUAGAAAGUGUCAGUUAAUCUAAAACAGUGAGACAUUGGCCUCCCCCUCAGAGUGUGAUGUCUGAGGAAAGUGGCCCAUGUGUAAAUAUGGUGACUCGAAGGGCUUUUAGGUGACGCUACAUCUCUCCAGUGUCUAUUUUAUCCACACAAAUUCAGACGAUAAGCAUUUGUCAACCACUCUUUCCUCCGUGAUGAGAAAGAUGAUGAAUCACUGAAAACAAAAUCUGACCAAUAAAAGUUUGGUUCUUGCAAGGAGACUAUGACAAGACAAAAUUAUUUGAGGUGGAGUAUCAGACUUUUAAAAUCCAUCACAUAUUCCCCACUGUGCGUCUAAUCUGUCACCUAAAAUAUGACCAAUCCAUUCCUGUAACAGACAGAGUUAGCAGAGGGGCUCCAAAUGUUUAUUUGUUCCCAGUGGAUUAAGGCUGAAACUUUCCAAAAGAUGUGAACUUUUAUUACUGAGAAACAGUUAAAAAUAGACGUCACACACAAGGCUUCGAAGCUUGUAUUAUUUGAGUUAAAAGAAGCGUUGGAGCUUGUGUCAGACGUUGCGCGACAGGUGACGCCUCAAGUUUCACACAUUAUCAGCGGUCAAAAACUCUUCAGUCAGCUUGAUGGAUUACCAAGUCUCAUAUAUAAACUGUGUAUAGGUGAAAGAUACACAGUAAGUAGGCUACUCAUUCAACCACCGAACAUGUUAAUUGUGUCAACAAAUCCAAGAAGUAAUUUUUAGUUGACCUCAGUGACCUCACUCAAACCAACAACCAUUAAAUUUUGAAAAAAAAAAGUUUUAUUUCUUCAGUGUUUGGAGAGUGUUCUGUGUCACCUAGAAGCCCUCCGCUCUCAACUCUUAAGGGAAAUGGGAUUUGAACUGUAACUGAAGUCAGUGUGAACGAAUGUGAAGUGUAGUGUGUUGCACUUUUUUGACAAUCUGUGUCUUCCUGUUGAAAGCGCUGUAGUAGGUUUCUACAAACUGUUCAGAAAUAGAUGUAGAUAUAAUCUGAUUAUAGAUAGAAAUAAAUUAAUAUUUUUCCUCUUGCCUAACUUUGCAAUAAUUUGGCAAUAUUUAUGACUUUCCAACCAUGCUUUAUAGUGAUAUAGCAGGCUUUAUUCCUCAUUAUUCAUUCUAUAUAAUAUGUUUUCAUUUAAAAAUACCCCUAAAUGUUAAAUUUCCCCAACACUCCACUUCAACGAGGGUCACAUUGUUAGCAUGUUCAACUGUCCUUUAUUGGAAAGGCUUUUAUGUGUUUUAAGAUUUGCAGCCUAUUCAAGAAGUGAAGCAUAUUUCCCUCAGAUUUACACUCGGCUCUGAUGUGAGAUGUUGAUGAGACACCAUGUCAUCACCCUCAUCAUAUCAGAGGCUCGGCAUCCGCUCGCCUGUGUUUAAUUUGUCAUCUUUUUUUUUAAUUGGAGGUGCACACUCAUGGUUCUCUGAGCAAAUAUUGCCGAGGUACAGGGAAUUUAACAGAGUGGGUCUUUGUAUCUCUAAACCUGAGUCCUAAUUUUACACAUAUUGGGGUGUAAAUAAAAAGAAAAAAGGUGGGGGGUUUUUUGGUCCAGCAGCCACAAUCGGGCUGUAAAAAGUGCAGUGUCGUCUUUUCAGGUAAAUGUGUCCAACAGUGGGGGGUUAAACCCACAUUAUGCAGGUGCAAUUUCAUCAUUGUUUCGCAGGCUUGUGUUGGUGUUUGCCAGAUUGGACGUUUUGAAAUGCUGACUUAGAUAACUUUGAGUCUACCUUGCAAGAGGUAUGCCUUCUUGUAGGUCAAGUCAGCCAUGCCUCUACUGUGUGCAGACAGAGAAACAAGCUACACAGAUUAAAAUCUUUUUCGUACCCAGCUAUGAACAUGUUCAUUUUUGCUGUAAAAAUGAACUUGUUAAAAUGGGUGUGCGUGUGGAUUUCCUUACUUUAGGAACCAGCCUUUAGUGGACACUUGAGGAACUGCAGUUUAAAGCACUUACUUUGACAUGAGGUCAUUGGGUUGGGUCCAAACUUAUCAUUCAAAACAAAUUUAAGAAACCACACACCAAAAACUGUGUCACACGUGUCAUUUAGACCUCAGUGAACAGGUCUCAGGUUUUGAGAUACUUCAAUCUGACUUUGAUCUAACCCCGUUUGAUUAUGUUUGUUUAUUGAUGCGACCUUCUGGUUGCAGUAAAUAGUUUUAUAUGAAAUCAAAGCCAUGUGAGAUAUGAGACAGCGAUGAUUCUUUGCUGGAGUUUCCAGCUGCUCUUCCAGUAGAAUGAAGCCUUUUUUUAUUGUAAGCUAACAAGGUCUCUCCAUUGCUCCCCAGCCAAGUGUAUCUGAUAUAAUUGUAAAACUAACUUUUCAGGUGAAUCGUGUGAUAACAUGGGCUCAAGUAUCUGAAUUUUUAGUAUGUGUACAUACAGUAUAUGUAUGUGUGAGAGAAUGUGUGCGUCUGAUAUUCUUAAGUGCCUUUUUUGUAUUUUUUAUGUUUUUGAAUGUUGUCUCUCCCAACUCAUGUCCUGUACAUCCUGUUUUUUUGUAUAGCAUUUUGAUAUUUGCAUUAUUCUUGCAUUAUAAUCAUAUACAGUAUGAGUAUUAAUGUACAGUAACAACAGGACUGGUACUCUGAUGAGGACAGAUUAGUAAUAUAUACUACUUGUAGUUGUAUUGAGCUCAUUGAUUAUAAUGUGAUUGUUUCAUUGAAAAAUAUUCACUAUGCUUUCAUCUUUAAGCAAUCUUUUGCCACAUUAACUGAACAUUUACCCUAAAAUGUGAAUUUGCCACUCUACAUAAAUAAAAAUGAGAAUGUGGAUGAAGACUUUUGUCACUUUGGAGUGUUUAUAUCCCUGUACUUUCUAAUGAAAUCUGGCUCACGCAUUUGCACACACAGAGCUGCUGUGGAGGCUGAAAUAAUCUCAUUGGUUGAGGUAAAAGAGCCUCAGUUUGUCUGCCAACGGCUGAACAGCUAUCACGCUUAAAUAAACUCACAGCAAGGGAUUUGGCAUGCAAAGAGAUUCACUUCCAAAUACUUAAUAUAACUAAGAUUAUCUGCCUGACUUCUGAGGCAUCGCUGACGUAAAAUCCUUUUAAUCUGACUGGAACUAAUGCGAUAUUAAUAUCCGCAUCAAUGCAACAUACACAGCCCUGCAUGAGACUGAAGCCUGGACUGAAACACAGUCAAAAGACUCCAUCAGAGAAAAAGACAGGUGCCAUAUUUGAGAGAGGAAAAAAACAUUAGUUUUAGCUUUUGGUUUAAAGGUUGAGGUGUUAUGGCUGGCUCUAAUGCUGUAAUAAGGGACACAACACAAAAGGUUUAAGUCCUAUUUAGUUUUAUUCAAGAGCAAACUGAAUGGAUGUAAAGCAGGAUGAGUCCUGCUCUGAUUGAUCCCAGGCUGUCCAACU